AUGAUGAAGGCAAAUUGGCUUUGCUGGUUUUCUGGCUUUUCAAUUUUCCAAAUGGCGGUGACGGGAUGGUAUGGUCCUCUCAUCGAUCUCUCAGAUGCUUCUUCGCAUCUUGAUGACUUCGUUCAGCUCAUCGUCUUCGUCCACCGAUCUCAACCCAUCCAGAAAUCCAGUGGCUCAAGAGAAGGAAAAUUAUUAAAGACUGAUAUUCAAGUUGGUGAUAAUACAAGAUCAUAUUUCUCUAUAUCAGUUUGGCAAAAGCAUUUAUGGUCUAUGAUAGUUGCUGGUGAUAUCAUAUUUCUACAAAAUGUCAAGAUUGUCAAAUUCAGAGAUAUCUUAGAGGCUUCUACUGUUCAAGUCACUGGAGUGCAAGUUUUAAUAAAUUCCUACAAGUUUACCACCACAAAAGCCAAUACUGAAAUUGAAGCAAACUGCAGUGUGGGUGAGAGAACAAGAGAAAAGCUGAGGAGGGUAGUAGAAUGGGUGCGGCUUACUGAAUCUGCAACUCUCCACUUACAGCCAGUAAAUGCAAAAUGUCAGCCAGUGAAGAACUGGAAAUCGCAUGAAGAAAAAGUGCUAAACAGAUAUUUGUUCGUCUCUGAAUUGCCGUACCUCUCCAACUCAUCCAACGCAAACUUUUAUGCCUGGAUUAAUGAAAUUUCAUUUCCAUCUACUGGUAAACAUGGUGCAAUUGAGGAUUGGCAGUUAUUUCACAGUGGGAGACUGACUAUGUUGUCUGACUUCAAAGCCGAAGACCUUAUUUGCACUGGCUGCAAGCUAUGUGGUUCUCCAUUGGACUCUAGAUAUAUAGUGGAGGGUAGCAGGAUUCCACUUGACUGCAUGGAGAACUCCAAAUAUCUUCAUGAUGUUUGUUUCAUAUACAGACCAUUCCUGCUACAUGUGAGGGACGAAACCGGCCAAAUUCCUCUUCUUGUGAAGAACAAGACAGCUGAAAUUCUCUUUGGAGGUAUUUCUGCCGAAAAUGUCUACAAAUAUUAUUUGGAGGAGAAGAAUAAUAAGGUCCUUCCUCAUGCAUGCCACGAAAACCCACAACUGAGUUGCAGUCUACAAACUGAAAAUCAGAGAAACAGAAGAAUUCUUAACUUUUAUCAUAUUUUCUUGAUCAUGAUGAAGUUACUGAUGCAUGAAGACAACAACAGCCCUUUCUUAUUUGAAAUCAUUGUGGAUGUGGAUCAGACUUGUAAAUUUGAGUUGGUUACCCUCACAAUGCCAUGUUGCACUUGAGCAAGUUAUGCAAUGUGUCAAGUAUUCUGCAUUUGUGCAAGUGGUGUUGUUGUAUCGGACUGAAACUCAGCUCAAUUGGGAUUUCAUUCUGAUUGUAAAAUUUUCAACAUUUGUAGUUCA